GAAAUAGUUAAUAACAUCAGGGGGAGGUAAUUCUCGAAACAUUUGGUAUUUGACAAUACGGAACUUGAUUUUAUUUCUUCAGAAUAAAACUAGAAACUUUUACAUGCAGUUAUGGAAUCCAUUUGUGAAAAGCUGGACGAAACCUUGUUGGAUUUCUUUGACAUUCUGGAACAACUGUACCAACAACAGGCAUGUCUUGGCGAUCUCAUGAAAUCCGGAUUCCUUGACCUGUCUCGUUCGAGGUACAACAUGGGCACGAACUUUGUGACCCCAGCGCAGUUCAAUGAAGAUGAGAUGAAAGCUCUAGUCAAACUGGAAAUCCAGCAAGACAAUGGAAACACUGUUCUGAGAAUAAUUAAUCAGGAUUCUGACAAAAAGAAAACAAAUGAAGAGUCAAAGUUGAGAAAACGAAAUGUUGUAAAUGAUGACGAAAAGGGAAACAAGUUGGAUGUAGAAACAAUUGGACUGGGUGGUAUUCCAACAGACGAGAAUGAAAGUGCUUCAGAUGGUAAACACAAAAAGAGCAUUGUUGAUCCCAUAAACUGGUUUGGGGUGUUGGUGCCUCAGAACCUGCGACGAAGUCAGUCUAGUUUUAAAGCAGCCAUAGACGUUAGUGUGACGAUAGCUAAUUUGAAGCUAAAGCUUCAGGAAUUAAAAAUAACAUAUCGCAAACUUUUGGCAGAUAAAGAGGAACUUUUGUAAAAAGAACACGAGGAACUUUUGAGAAAAGAAAAAGAGGAACUAGUUAGAGAAGAAAAAGGAGUCAAAAGUUAAGUUAUAACAAUUUAUUGACAGAAAUCUUAUAAUCUUAACGGCAAGGUCACAUUGCUCUAUUAAACAGAAACAUUGUACAAUGAUGACAAACACAGCAUUGUGUUAAUGUAUUACAAUUAAUUAUUGUACAAAAUAUCCAAAUUCAGAAUGUAUCAUUACCUCCUAAGAUAAUGCAUUCCUCCCAGUUGAAAAUGAUAACUUCCCCACCCAGGAAGCUUGUGUGUAUAUAUUAUUUAUACAAAUAACUAACCAAUAAAAUCUACCAUUAAAACCGUAAAUGUGAUGCUUUUUUCUUUGUCAGUUUUAUUAUUAUUAUUAUUUAUUUUUUUUUGGGGGGUGGGGUGGCUGUGAUCUUGUGUUUAGAACAGAAAAAUCAACCUUCACUGAGCGGAUUCGAACCUCUGACUCUCAGGAACAACAGUCCAGCGAUCUACCAUCUGAUCUAAUGGGAAAAUUCAGACUAGCUACUGAUCAGGUCAGGUCAGGUCAGAUCAGGUCAUAGGUUUUAACGUGCACAUUCAGAUCAAGCUGUUGUAGGACACGACUUUUAUGGGUACAGGUGUCGACUUAAGCGGGCUCCUUUGUCCAGGACAGGAAAGUGGUUGGGAUGGGUGGGAGAGAGGAACGCCAAAGUCGGUAGCGACAGAGAUACCAGAUACUGCCAAGAGGAGCAUUUUAUAUUGCCAGGAGGAGCACUUUAUACCAACACUACUACUACAUACAACUCGUGACAUGGAAUGCGAGACAACUCGGCCCGGAGUCCAGAGACAACUCGGCACAGGGACAAUCUUGUCUAUUGUUGGACAAGUGUUUUUUAAAUUAAAGUAUUCUCACCGAAAUAAAAGAAUGUGUUUUUGUUAGUAUUGAAUUAGUCCCCCCUUAACCUAAACGUCCCGAAACGAAGUGUCAUGUCGGAUUGAUAAAUUGCUGAUCCAUUUAUCUUUGAAGAUAGUUUUCGCUGUUCGAAUAAUUUGUUUUUGUUCUACAGUCGGUGGCCUAAACAUUGGAGAUGAUCGUUGUUAUAACUAUUUAUGUAUAUGUGUUCUGUUGGUUUUUUGCGUACAUAUGUGCGUAUAUAUUUAAUGUAAUAAAUGUGGGAAUUUGGCAAA